AGAGCCUCCAGUAUAUUCCCCAUAAUGAGUGUAGGUCUGUUGUUUCUGGGAGGAGUGUGUGUGGCCGGCAGCGAGUUCUACAAGACACAACACAACGUCAUGCUCAGCGCCGGGAUACUGUUUGUCUCCGCAGGACUCAGUAACAUCAUUGGCAUCAUCGUCUACAUCUCUGCUAACUCUGGUGACCCGGGUCAGAGCGACAGUAAGAAGAGUUACUCGUACGGCUGGUCUUUCUACUUCGGGGCGAUGUCCUUCAUCUUGGCUGAGAUGGUGGGCGUUCUGACAGUACACGCCUUCAUAGAGCGCCACCGAAAGCUCCGGACCCGCGGCCGCCGCUCCCUCACCAAACACGCUCUGCUCCGCUCCGCGUCCUACUACAGCCGCUACAACCGCUACAGACGGAGCUCCAGUUACCGUGGCAACGUGGACUACCGUCACUCGCUGUCGUCCGCGGGGCAGCUGCGACCUCGCGACCCCUCGCCGUUGCCGGUGGCCCUGUCCGUGUCAAAGGUUGUCGCCGCGGUGCCGGCGGGUCGGAGUUGGCCUCGCACAAACUAA